AUGAUAGCAGUGGGUGCCACUGGCAAACGCCGCGCACCGUGUCCUGUACAAACCGCAAGGGGCACAUCUCAUCAAUGCGACAUGCAGCCGGGUAGCAUGGCAGAGCCACGGGCUGCAGCAACGGCAGUGGUGGCGGCGAUGUUGGUCAGCAGGGUGUGGGUGGAGACGGACAGCAGGAAGGUUGGUAGGGUCAAGCAAGGCGACAGUGUUUCGCCUAAUGCGCCAUCUAUGUCUAAGCUGCACACCGACGCUCAACCGCCCCUGAUGGACGUGAAGCUGGCGAGACGAACAACGAAGCUAUCUCCAGCACUUGCCUUCGUGAUGAGCCCAACCAACCUAUUGCUGCGAUGGACGGCUGGGUGGCAUGAGAUGAGAGGCACGGGCUGCAGCAGCAGUGGUGGCAGCGAGGAAGGCUCCACGCUGGUCGAAUGCUGGUCAUUCGGGUCUUUUAGGCUCCAUGCAAAGAGUGAAGAGUUCUGUGCGGGAGCAGUGAACUUGGAGCUGCUCCUGCCGCUGCACACACUCAUGGCUCCGGCGCUGUUCCUGCCUGCCACAACUCGGGCUGCUGUCCCUCGCUAUGCGGGCGUGGUGAACGAGGAGCUGCACCUGGCGCUGCACACACACGUGGCGCCGCCACUGUUCUACCUGUCACACCGGGGGCUGCCAUGCCAUCCAACUCUGUGA